CUUCACUUGUUAGUUGUUUCUCUCUAUGUCUCUUUCCCAUCCCGAGACAGACACUCAGAUAGCGACAUGUUUUGUUAGUGUUAGGUUUCAUUUCCUAUGACAUUGCAAACCAGAAAACUCUAAUCCUAAUAUCCUCCAUCCCCAUUUGACCGCAAUGGUAGCUGGCAAGGCCAAGCUCUCGAUGGGUUUUCCCAAGUCCCCGGCGCCCCCUACUCCUCCGCAUUCAACCCCCGGAAGGUCCUCCUUCACGCGCUCUUUCGGUGCAUACUUCUCACGCUCCUCCUCUCAGGUUCAACCCCGCCCCUCCGAAGUCCUCGACCUCCUCCGUCUCGUCGAGGACCUCCGCGAGAGAGAGUCUCGCCUCAAAACAGAGCUUCUCGAACACAAACUCCUCAAGGAAACACUCGCCAUUGUUCCCGUUCUCGAGAACGAGAUUUCCAUAAAGAACUCGCAAAUUGAAAGCAAUGCCAAGAAGAUGGAACAACUGGAGGCUGAGAAUGAGAAACUGGGGAACGAGCUCCAAGAACUGAAGCUCCGAAUGAAAGAAGAGAAAACAGAGAAUCUGAGAAAAAUACAAGCUUUGGAGAAUGAGAUAGCGGAGCUCAAGAAAACGGCGUCGGAUCACGUUUGCAAGGCGCUGGUAAACAACGAGCAUUCUUCGCUUGAAUGCAAGUCGUUGGAAAACGACGAGCAUUUGCAAACGACGAGCAUUCUUCAAGCACAUUUGGAGGUGCCAGUGAGGCCAAAUUUUAUUAGGAGUUUAAAGAAAACGGCGUUGGAUUAUAGAAGCUUGAACCACAAACAGUUUGAAGCUACUGUUGUUGUUGCGGAUUUUAAACAAGAGGUGGCGGAAAGUCAAAGGCCGCGCCGUGACUCGGAGGAACUCAUCGAUUCUAUUGAGUCCAACUUAACCAGAUCACGUGCGCCUCGUGUUCCCAAACCGCCGCCGAGACGGUCUUUGCCUUCUUCGACUCUGCAUUCUUCUUCCUCUGAUUCUAAGAACGGCAAUGUUGAAAAAGAGCCUGUGAUUUUACAACUUCCGAGGGUGGCGCCGCCUCCUCCGCCACCUCCUCCCAUGGCUGCGUCUAAGGCUGCUCCGCCUCCUCCGCCACCGCCGCCGAAGGGGAGUAGGCAGGUUUCGGCGAAGGUGAGGAAGAUACCGGAAGUGGUGGAGUUCUACCACUCGUUAAUGAGGAGGGAAUCGCAGUCCCGGCGGGAAUCGCUCUCCGGCGUGGUGGAAGUGCCGCCUGCGGCGGCGAAUCCACGUGACAUGAUCGGCGAGAUUGAGAACCGUUCAUCUCACCUGCUCGCAAUAAAAACCGAUGUUGAAACACAAGGAGACUUUAUUCGAUGCUUAAUCAAAGAAGUGGAGGGUGCUGCAUUUACAGACAUUGAAGACGUUGUGCUCUUUGUUAAAUGGCUUGAUGACGAGCUUUCUUAUUUGGUGGAUGAAAGAGCAGUGCUGAAACACUUCGAUUGGCCAGAGCAGAAGGCCGAUGCCCUGCGUGAGGCUGCGUUUGGGUAUUGUGAUCUGAAGAAGCUAGAAUCCGAGGCUUCGUCGUUUCGUGAUGAUCCUCGGCAGCCAUGUGGUCCAGCCCUCAAGAAGAUGCAGGCUCUCUUUGAAAAAUUAGAGCAUGGGGUUUUCAAUAUCUCGAGAAUGAGAGAGUCAGCAACAAAUAGAUACAAAGUCUUCCACAUACCUGUCCAAUGGAUGCUUGAUAAUGGUUUUGUUAGCCAGAUGAAACUGGCAUCUGUGAAAUUAGCCAUGAAGUACAUGAAGAGAGUCUCUGGUGAGCUUGAGACAAGUGGUGGUGGUGGUCCUGAAGAAGAGGAGCUCAUUGUCCAAGGAGUUAGAUUUGCAUUUCGAGUACAUCAGUUUGCUGGAGGGUUUGAUGUGGAGACAAUGAGAGCAUUCCAAGAAUUGAGAGAUAAAGCGAGGUCAUGCAAUCUUCAAUGUCAUAGCCAGCAACAGAAAUUCUUUUGUAGGUCUGCAACCUGCUAGUCAAUAGUCAUGAUGGAGCAAACAUAGCUUCAGAAAAAUUAGUAGCACCGGUUUUGCUGUAUAGAUAGUGACAUUUUGCUUGUGAAUACCAAUAGAAUGGCCAUCAUUUUACCGGGUGCAAUCAUAAUUCAUCAUUCAUUAAAUUAUGGCUUAAAUACUUUUUUUCUCCUUACAUUUUAGAUUCUUCAUUUUCAUCCUUG